CGGGGUUUAGGACCCGGCGGGCCGCGCGGUACAAUAGGUCCGUUGUGGCGUGUUGGUGAUCGGACGGAGCGCCGGAUGCUCCUGCUGUGGCUCUGGGACACAAAACACCGAGUCUCUAAGGACUGCGUGGGCCUCCGUGGGAGCGGACUGGGUCGAGCAGCGGCGCACGGACUGCAGAUAUGAAAUACAGCAGUUAAUGUCCAACAGAAGAAUCUACUAGCAUGCUUUUCACUGUGAAAUUUACAGAUGUUACAGGAUGAAACGUCUCCGGUCCUCCAGCAGCAGUGACAGUUCAGACAAUGAGAGUCCAUCGACCUCUUUCUGCUCCUCCAACAAAUAUGGCAGUAUACCUGGAACGCCGGCCUCCAACCCGAAGAAGCCGGCCGAGGUGUUUAGGAAAGACCUGAUCAGUGCCAUGAAGCUGCCUGACUCCCACCACGUCUCCCCAGAGGACUACUACCUGCUGGCAGACACCUGGAAGCAGGAGUGGGAGAAAGGAGUCCAGGUACUGGCGAGUCCGGACACCAUCCCGGAGCCGUCCGCCAGAGUAAUCACAGAGAAGCCAAAGGAAGUGCUUUACACCCACCAGAGGAAGUACAUCCAGUGCUCGAGCCAGGAGUCCACGGAGCCGGGCUGCGUGAGCAUCAAAGAGCUGGCUGAGGCCAUGUGCCGCUACGAUCUGGAUGACAUGGACCUCCACUGGCUGCAAGCGCUCAACCGGGAGCUCGACCGCAUGGGCUUGGAGCCGAUGGGUGAGCUGACGAUGGAGCGAGCCAUGGAGGCCCUGGAGAGGCAUUGCCACGACAACAUGAACCACGCCAUCGAGACGGUGGAGGGUCUGGGGAUCGAAUACGACGAGGACGUCAUCUGCGACGUGUGCCGCUCCCCAGACAGCGAGGAAGGGAACGACAUGGUGUUCUGUGACAAGUGCAACAUCUGUGUGCACCAGGCCUGCUACGGCAUUGUAAAGGUGCCUGUUGGGAACUGGCUGUGUCGGACGUGCGUCCUCGGCAUCGACCCGCAGUGUCUUCUGUGUCCACAGAAGGGCGGUGCCAUGAAGGCGACGCGAGCCGGCACCAAGUGGGCCCAUGUGAGCUGUGCCCUGUGGAUCCCAGAGGUGAGCAUUGCCUGUCCUGAGAGGAUGGAGCCCAUCACCAAAGUCUCCCACAUCCCCCCCAGCCGCUGGUCUCUGAUCUGCAGUCUGUGUAAACUGAAGACAGGUGCGUGCAUCCAGUGUUCGGUAAAGAACUGCACCACCCCCUUCCAUGUGACAUGUGCCUUCAAGCACAGCCUGGAGAUGAAGACCAUCCUGGAUGAAGGGGACGAAGUUAAGUUCAAGUCUUACUGCCUCAAGCACAGCCAGCCUAAAGCCGGGGAGGCCCUGAGCCCGGCUCGAUCCAAAGCCCCCGGAGAGGCGGGGAAGGUGGGCCAGCGUGCUCAGAGGCUGCAGGAGCUGGAGGAGGAGUUCUACACUCUGAUCCAGCCGGAGGAGCUGGCUCAGGACCUCGGGCUCUCCCAGCACCUGGUGGACUUCAUCUACCAGUACUGGAAGCUGAAGAGGAAAAGCAACUUUAACAAAGCUCUGCUGCCCCCUAAAGAGGAGGAGGAGAACCUGGUGCUGCAGCCGCAGGAGGACAGCAUCCACACUCGCAUGCGCAUGUUCAUGCACCUGAGGCAGGAUCUGGAGAGGGUGAGGAACUUGUGUUACAUGGUGAGUCGGCGGGAGAAGCUGAAGCUGUUGCAGAGUAAAGCUCAGGAGCAAAUGUUCAACCUGCACGUGAAGCUCAUGAACCAAGAGGUGUCUGCUGGUCUUCCUGCAUCGUUCGCGGUGGAGAACACUCUGUUUCGGCCUCCUCCAAGGAUUACCCUAAAGCUGAAAAUGCCCAAAGCUUCAGGUCUUGGAAAUGGAAAUCCCAGUUCAAAGUCUGGGAGUGGGCCGCUGUGCCCGGACAAUAGUGGGAACGUCGGUGAACAUGCUGGUGAGGGGGCGGGUCAGGGGAAGCCACAGUUGCACAGCCGCAGUCUCAGAGAGGAGCGCUCAAACAGCCGACCGUCUUCCAAGAGCCACCCGAGCAGCACGCCGCCACCCGUUAAACUGAGCGGCAAACCUCUAACGCUGCACGCCGCUCUGCACGGCCAGUCGUCCAACGGGAACGGCAAACUGGACCAAGACAGAGCGUGCGUGGCCAAAUCUAACGGUCUGCUCGAGAAGGCCGUGGCUCAGAGGGACAGUUCGUGCCAGACGCCCGCUGACCGGCAUGCUGCGAGCGACAAGAGCAGCUUUCGCAAGUCUGCCAUGGAGCACUUUGGCAGGUCCUUCAAAGAGGCCACCAUUAACCUGGUCCGGACCACAGAGGACCUGCGGGCGUCUGACAAACUGUCCCGAAAGAGCACAGCCAAGGAGAGGCUGUGGGCCAAACCUGCGUCAGAGCACAAAGUGAAGAGCAUGCGAUCGUAUCAGGACAGCGACGGUUACUGCCCCGACCUCGAGCUCAGCGACUCGGAGCCGGAGGCCAAAGGUCAGCACAGGCGGCAGCUCGGGCUGCCGGACGCUCCGAGGAAAGGGAAGCAGUCGCUGGGCUCCAGACACUCCAUGCAGAGGUGACGGCUGUUUGUGUACUGCGCUCGCUCCUCGCCCUUCAGUUUGGGCCAACACUUCAAACACAUCAGGGAGCAGAACACGCCGCAGGCAUGACGGUGCUGUUUACACGCAGACGCGGGAGCGGCGUGAAGGCGGUCUGCUCGUUAAGUGCUGACGUAUUGACCGUGUUUCCCGUUCGAGCGUCUCCUGCGUUGGAUGAAGUUCUCGUCUUUUUAACGUGCUGCAGAGUUUUGUCUCUUCGUCAGCUUUUUAUCAGCGGGAUUCACGUGCAGCACGUCUUUAAGCUGAUAUUUAAAAACUCGGUGUACCUACAGCCCACUGAGACACCAGAUAUCCGAAUCACUCCGUGUGGACAGUUUUGGUCCUUUUUCAGCGUCCUCUUCCCGUCUCGUCCUCCUGAGACCUUAGGCCCUCUGCAGUGGUCGCAAAAAAGUUACACUUAAAGAUAGUUUUGUUUUGUUUUUCCCUUGAUGGUGUUUGUCUCCGCCCAUCAGGGACCCUCAAGAUGAGCUCUUAUUCAAAGCUGAAAGAAUUUGGACCAUUUUUAACUCUGAGUUUGAUUUUUGGGAAGUGAAGGAGGAAUUGGACCUGGAAACGGUCAGUGAUGUCAGACUUAACGAGCAGAUUGCUGUGAAGAAGACAACAGGAUUCAUGAAGAAGCAGCGCCCGAUGCUUCGAGGGGAACAAAUGUCGUCAGAGAUUCUCGUGUUUGUCUUUAUUUGUGGCUGUAGUUCGCACAGAUGAGUCGUGUUCCUCAAACACAGGUUUGAUUUGCCUAAAACUGCUGUACAAAUGUUCAAUUAGGGAUGUAAAUACUGUGCGGCUGAACCACAGAUGCUCCAGUUUAUCAGCACUUCAGUGUCAGUGUGGACACACCAGGUGAGCUCUGCUCCUCGUCUCCUCCGUCACACUGAGCUGCUGUGGCUCUUUUACGUUUCUAAAAACACGAAUGCCUUUUGUGUGUAGGAACUCUCCACGCACUCUUUAGUUUAGCUGGUUACAGGAUGUGAAACAGGAAGAUAUAGAAAAACAUUCCACGGUGCGUCCUUUAGCAACACAAACUGAACCUGGAGUCACGGAAAGCAAAGAAAUCCAAGGUCUUCAGUCAUCACGAUCAGCCUUCAUCAUCAUGGACUUUUAUUGUGAAAUCGAGCGGUGAGAGCUGCAGAGUUGCAGCUGUUGUUUUGCUGCUCAGUCCAGAAAAAAUGUUAUUUGGCAGAGCUCCUCUGUUAAAGUGGACCUCUUCUGCUUCUCCUUAUCUCCUGUCAUAUUUCUGCUGUUCCUGUGCUGAUGUUAGUAUUAUCUGAUAACGAGGUCAGUGUGUGUGCAGUCAUCCCUGUGAGCCAAGCUCCAGCUGCUCUCAACACUCAGUUUAUCUCAGUUCUUUCUACUCGUGGACCUCCGUGAGGUCACAAAGAGCAGCUAGAAGCCCUGCCCACCUGGAGAUAAAAACCGUUAAAGAGGGGCAGCCAAUCAGGAGAAACUAAAAGGGGAGAAGCUAAAUGGCUUGUUUCAGUCAGCGGGGCCGGUGUGAGAGAAACGGGGAUCGUUUAAAUUGUUCAGAGCUGCGAGGAGCCCGAUUCUGUUAUUCUUUGUAGAAAGUGGCGUUUAAACCUCGUGUUUGACCUUCCUUUAAUUUGAACAUCAUGAAAACACAUUUAGGGCUCGACUGACCACACUCAGGUUAGAAGCUAAUCAUUAGUGAGUAAACUACUACUCAGUAGUUACUAAAAUUUCCAAUGUCAGUGUGAGUGAUGUGCAGCUCCUCUGCAGAUGCCUCUGAGUGGAUUUAAAAACAGCGACACGCCAGCUUGUUUCGUUUUGAGGAAGAGGGUUAGGGCGGGGAGCGGGCACAGACUCCUGCCUGUUCACUGCCAACUGACCGUCUGUUCUCCGAGUGUUGGUUGAAAAAUCCACUGCCAGUCGAAACUUUGGACUGAUGCUGAAGUUUGAAGACGUUGCCUUGCUAUCUUUCAGAUGUCCUCGUUGGACUUUCCAGCAAGAGUGAGUUGGUGCUUCUUUUAAUGACUUAAGAAUGAGAGCCUCUGUGAGGCUACCUCAGACUGGUGGCCUUUCACUCUGAAGCCUGUUAUCCUGCAGAGCUAACCAUCAACACUGGAACAUCAGGGCAGAGAGGCAGUUAGAAAGUUCAUGCAGAAACGUGUCUGCGUUCCUACGGUCUCUGCACGUCGACGCUGUGCGGCUGUGUGAUUGCAGCUCCUUUGCGAGUUGACGCUCAGAUUUCGUUUUAUUUUAAAGACACAUUUGCUUUAUUGCAUCAAUUGAAUCCAUAUUCUUUAGAAAUGACAGUUUGAAUGGAACUUUAUUCUUCAUGAGAACAUCACCAGCCAUCAGCCCGAGGAGCCGUUCUUGCCAUCAUACUGCGAUUGGAAUUUAAAAUGAGUUUCUUUUUUGGGAGGAGCUGCAGAAUAAAGAAACCUGAGAGCCGGAUCCUCUUAUUUCUUUUUCUUUUUUUUUAUACAGAUGCCAAGUUUGUGCUUUCAAUUGAUACCUUAAUUUUCUUACCUCAUUUUACACAGCUCUUUUCUUAUUUAACACAAAAAGCUUUUCACGUGCCUCUUUGUUCAAUGUCUCAACACAAACAUAAAAACGAAUCAGGUCUGAUGCGUCACGCCUGAUAUUUGGUGGGACAUGCAUCGUUUUCCAGUUCCAGCUCUGGACUGUUGUGUGAUUUUAAAGGAGACGCUGUUCAAACUAAAGGACUUUUCAGCUGUGGGAAGAAAAACCCGAUUUAACCCUGACUUGUAGCUCUGACCAGGAGGAGGGAUGUUCACACCAGCGGAUGCAGCUUCUCUUUGAGCUGCUGGAGGAAACACUACGUGAUUAAAAAAAAUAAAAAUCAGAAACCUCUGACCUUCAUCACUUGUCAGUUUGACACCUUUUUGUGUUAGUGAUGCUGUGCGACCAGCAGACUGCACAUUUUGACACUAACAUGUUGGAAAAGAGAAGCUAUGGAUGUAUUUUCAUGUUUGUUCCUCGUUUGGAAAGUUCAUUUUUAAAUAAAGUCUUUAAACAAAAGUCU